AUGAACAACGUUGUGGGAAGGAUCAAAAAAGCAGAGCGUGCUUGUAAACCUUGCCGCGAUCUCAAGGUCCGGUGCCUGCCUUGCGUGGAGAGGGAUGACAUCUGCCAAAAGUGCAAGCGAUCGGGAGCACGCUGUGUCUUCGAGGAAGCGAAACCACGGAAGAAGCGGAGGAUUCCUGGUGACCUCGACACCGUGACCGCACGGCAAGCGAAAGUGGCCGAAUUGACAGCGCAACCAGAGAGCAGCCUCGGCGCGACGCAAAUUGACGCAAAUCUGCAAAGGUCGCGCACGUCUGGGGGAAGGAUAUCAUUGGCUGGCGCAAAUGGUUGUCUUGGGCAUGGUACUGGACUUUACGAGGAUUCAAGCAGCCAUGUCGAGUGUGCUUAUUCAACAGCCACUGUGCCCAACGGCCACGACGUGCGCAAUACGCAACAUAUGCCGGCCGGAGAAUGGUUAUUCGGAAACGCCGUCCUUGCACAAGACAAAGCGGCUUCAUAUCUAUCCAAAUACCAGAAAAUGUGCGCGUAUUUCCCAUUCGUCCCCAUACCGGAAAAGGUCUCGAUCGAGGAACUGGCGGCAACUCAGCCAUUCACCCUACAUGCUAUACUCAUGGUCUCGUCCGAUGAGAACAAGGACUUACAAAGAAUGCUUGAAAAGAGCUUCCGAGACCAAAUCCUACGGACAGUCAUGAUUGAUGGCGAGAGGAGCAUCGAUCUCCUUAUGGCCCUGAUUGUCUACCUGGCCUGGUACCACUUCUUCUACAUUCCUAUCAAGCAGCAGUUCUACCAGACGCUUCAGAUUGCCAUCAGCAUUUGCGUCGACUUGAAACUCGACCGGCCUCCAGAAACGGCCACUUUGAGCACACUUCAACGAGGACGGAGUCUUGAGGACCCGUUACUUCCUGAUGCAACGAGUGAUCAAUUCUACAGCAGGUCUGCUAGACGUGCAUACGUCGGAUGCUAUUGUCUUGCCACGAUCACGUCUUGGAUUUGGUGCAAACCGAGCAACUUCCAUUGCACCAACUACCUUUUGCGAUGCGCCCGGUCACUCUCAGAUGAGCCAGAGUACGUUACAGAUACUAUGAUAUCGCCACUUCUUCAAACGUAUGUGUAUGGAAACGAUCAACAUCGUGCCUACCUGCCCACAAAAUUUGAUUAUUCAAGUUCGAUCAGUCUAGCUCAGAUGGAGGCCAAUCUGAACAGGUUUCAAGAGAGACUGGACAAGAUCCAGUCAAAAGAGCAGUCAAAAUGUGUGCCGCUGAAUUUGGCACGCUUGUACGCCGCUUCAUAUGGCCAUGAAAUGAACCUCCUGAAUCCCUGCAAUCAUCCGCUGUCGAGUGACUCGGAAGAAAUAAUAGCCCUGACCACCAGCCGUCGAGAGUGUCUGAUGUUCUGUUUGCAUUCUGCCUCGAAAGCAUUUGAGACAUUCCUCUCGCUGCCUCUUGAGGAAUACCCAAAGUUGUCAAUUCUGCAGUGGUGGGCUUUGAUAUGCAACACAGCAUAUCUCUAUCGUCUGUGCCUGGGUAUUCCCCAGCUUCCCGAAUGGGACAUCCGAGUCGCCCGGGAUGCUGCCAAGCUGGACAUAUACCUCGACCUUCUGUGCUACCGUUUGGAGCGGGCUACAGGAUCUACGCUCGAGGAGCCUAGUGGGCGGGACCUGUAUUCCCUGCUGUGCCCCAUAUUCACCAAUGUCAAGCGCAGCUACGAACGACUAAAAACACUCCCCAAGUCUCUGAGCUCAAGUGACAGGCAACCUGUCCAUGCAAAUGCAUUCUCGGAAGGACCGGAAAAGACCGUUCGGAAAUCGGCUACACACCAAAGUCGCUGUCCUGCAUUCAGGUAUGUGUCCCGAGCGGCAGACGUUGGUCUCAGUCCAGCCGGUGAUGAUGGAGACUCGAAUAGACUACCUGAAAUGUCAGACAUCGACAUGUUCUUGAACUCUGGCGUGUUCGAGUGCGAUACCACAUGGCUAGGUGGAAUGCCGCAGUGUAACUUAAGCCCUUUCAAUCUGGACAACGAGCACUUGUACCCGGCGUAA